AUGGCUGCGCAGCCCGCUGGCCCGUCUUUUGCUUGUUUGCGCUAUCUACGGAUCAAAACAAUGUUCUCAAACCAUCCCAGAACGUCUUCGACCAGAUUGAAUCGGAUACACUCCUCUCUCCCUGCCCAACGCGCGAUACAAGCUCCCUCGAUAUGCACUCGCUCAUUCUCUACCACGACAGCCCGUCAAGAUUGGCUGACGCCCAAGAGACCGGAAGUGAGAAAAUCUCACGUGGGACGACCGCGAAUGCCGACCGGCGGUUCAAUGCGUGGCACCACCGUUGUUUGGGGCGACUAUGGCUUGCGCAUGAAAGAUCACGACCGCCGAGUCUCGGCGAAACAACUCAAGAACGCUGAAGAUACUAUCAACAGACGGCUGCGGGGGGAGCGUUUCAGACUAUACAAGCGAGUAAGCGCAAAUAUCGGUGUGUACACGAAAGGCAGCGACGUGCGCAUGGGCAAAGGAAAAGGCAAAUUCGACUACUGGGCUGCGCGUAUCCCGGUCAGCAGGGUGGUGUUCGAGAUCAAGAGCAAUCUCCACGAGCAGGUGGUAAGAGAUGCUUUCAGGCUGGCGGGAAACAAGCUACCUGGACUGUGGGAGUUCGUUAAGAAGGGGGAUCCUCCGAUGGUUGGCAUCACGAAACUGGGCAACGGAGUGACAUUGGAAAAGCUCAAGGAAGCCCGGAGAGAAAUGGAACCCAAGGACAAGGAGAGCCCAAAACCCAUUGUAUCAGGGAUGAAAGUGCCGCCUCAGACGAUCGCGACUCAGCUAGAUCCGCCGCCGACGACAGCCCCCAUUUCCCCGUGA